AUGCACCCAGGCCAAAGGAAAUCCUUUCCAGAAGGAAGCCGGGUUAUCAGACAGGCAGGCGCUGCCUCACAUGUUGAAGGAAGUCACCAUGGAGUGCGGUUAAUGAUAAAGGCAGGAAUGUGGCAGGCAGGCACUCGUCUGGACCUGACUGUGGAGCUGCUGGUGAAAUUCCACAGGACGUUUGGUGCACUCAUCGCUGGGAACCUCGGCUACCUUGGGAUUCAUGCAACUGGCUGCUCGUGGCGUGCUGCUCACUCUCUUGGAGCUUUGAUUCAUGUGGGAGAAAGGUCUGAGGAGUCCACACACACCAGGCAUAAAACAAAUGCAUGGGAGGAGGGCUGUGUGUUGCAACACAGCAUGUGCUGUGAGUUUGUGCAAAGGCUGUGGUGUCUCUCUUUCCAAGGAGAAAGCCUCUAA